GCUGCGACAAGGGGAAGAAGGCCCACCGCCUAGGUCUGGUGCGGUCUUCUCGCGUUCACCAGUGCUGCUCUUUGCUAUCUGGGCACUGUUCGCAUCUCUUUCCAGUAGGGGUGGGAACUACACCUUCAUGGCUGAGGUGAAGGUGAAGCUGCAGCUGCCGGACGCGGAUCCGGUAGAAAUAGAAAACAGGAUUAUAGAAUUAUGUCACCAGUUCCCUCAUGGAAUCACAGACCAAGUAAUUCAAAAUGAAAUGCCUCAUAUAGAGGCUCAGCAGCGGGCAGUGGCAAUCAAUAGACUGUUGUCUAUGGGUCAGUUGGAUCUCUUAAGGAGCAAUACAGGCCUUCUCUAUAGAAUAAAGGAUUCUCAGAAUGCUGGUAAAAUGAAGGGAUCAGAUAACCAAGAAAAACUAGUAUAUCAGAUCAUAGAGGAUGCAGGAAAUAAAGGAAUAUGGAGCAGAGAUAUCCGGUAUAAAAGUAAUUUGCCAUUAACAGAAAUUAACAAAAUUCUAAAGAAUUUGGAAAGUAAAAAGCUUAUCAAAGCUGUUAAGUCUGUGGCAGCCUCAAAAAAAAAGGUGUAUAUGCUCUAUAACCUGCAACCUGACCGGUCUGUGACUGGUGGAGCCUGGUACAGUGACCAGGAUUUUGAAUCUGAAUUUGUAGAGGUGCUUAACCAACAGUGUUUUAAGUUCCUGCAAACCAAGGCAGAAACAGCACGAGAAAGCAAACAGAAUCCAAUGAUACAAAGAAAUAGUUCUUUUGCAUCAUCACACGAAGUAUGGAAAUAUAUCUGUGAAUUGGGAAUCAGUAAGGUAGAGUUGUCCAUGGAGGACAUUGAAACCAUCUUGAAUACACUCAUCUAUGAUGGGAAAGUGGAGAUGACUAUCAUUGCUGCAAAAGAAGGCACAGUUGGCAGUGUAGAUGGACACAUGAAACUCUAUAGGGCAGUCAAUCCAAUCAUCCCACCUACGGGUUUGGUUCGGGCCCCCUGUGGACUCUGUCCGGUUUUUGACGACUGCCAUGAAGGUGGUGAGAUUUCGCCAUCCAAUUGUAUAUACAUGACAGAGUGGCUUGAAUUUUAAUAGAGAGCUAUGAACUUUACUGACAUUUUGCAAAUGAAGUUACUUUGGGAGCAGAUAACUUCAUGCAUGAUGGAACAUCAGAUUCCCUUGAAAAUAAAUUUCACAGUAAGGGAUACAGACUUGUUGCCAUGAAAAUAUAUACUAUUUUAUUUAUGAAGAUUAAGUUUAUAUUGGUAGAGUGGUCAACAGAAUAUGAAGCAGGUAGGUUUGUAGUGAAAUCCAUUGUUCAGUAAAUAAAAUACUCUGCAGUUCUGGAGGACAACAUCUUCUGAAGCCUUCAAGACUUGUGAUUGUUCAAGAAAAAAGAAGCCAACAGAUCCACAUUUAUCAAUGGAUAAUGGCUAGAGCCUAAAAAUGCUUGUUUUAAAGUUAUUUGUUAAGAUCUUCAUUGGAAAUUGCUUAUAUCUGGUUCACUAUCACUUUUUCUGUUUUCUCAAUGAUUCUAUUGCGAAGAAACUGAAACAGGGAAUGCAGGAAUAGCAGAGCAGUCUACACAAACUUGUGUGAAUGGAGAAGAGAGAACAUUCCUUUUCCACACAGUUAAUUCCUUUGUAUGUCAGAAAUAUUUUUUCAGAGGAUUAUGCCACUGUAUUUACCUCAGCCUAAUGGUGGAUGAUGUUUUCAGUGUAUAAAUAUUGUCAUAUUCAUCUUAAAGGAUUCUUUUCACUGGACUUUUGUUAAAGUCUUAGAAGUUCAUUCUGUGGCUCAGUUGUAUUACUAGAAUUUUUUCCUACAGUCUUAUUUAACUGAAAUUAAAACUAAAAAUAAUCCAUUGCCCUCCACUUACAUUUUAUGUUGGGGAGGGGUAAUACUCUUCUUUUCUUUCGUAUUUUAGAUUUGUUUCCUUAUUCUGUUCUAAAAAUCAUGGUGUAAUAUGUCUAAACUGAGCAGAAAGCCACCAUAAUUGUUUUCAGUUCUAAUAGCACUUUCAAUUCCAGUGUUUAGCCAUAUGGAAAACACUAGCUUAUUUGAUGUAGUGUUUUACAGAAGUUAGCUGGAGGGCUUUUCAGGAACUUAGCUGUUGUAUUUUCCUUUUUAAUUCCAUUUAAAAGUUUCUAUGUCUAGGCCCAAAGCAUCAUACCAAAGGAAAGGAAUUCAAACUCAGCUACUCCUGAGGCUGACUUCAAACACCAGUUUGGAGAUACUGUAAGUGGGCAGCCAUCAGAAGAGUUAUUAUGUGAUAAGUGGGAUUAGUAAAGUCAGCCCAGUAACCAAUUUUUAAGAACUGGAUAAAUUCUGUGGUGAGCUGUAUAAAUUAGUUUUUGAUGGCACUACUCUUCAAAACAAAGAUCAUUUUAAAUAUUAGAAGUAGGCAGAGAUAUAGAUAUAGAUAUGAUACAGAGAAUCUGGGAGCCUGGAACUAUACAUUUCUAUCCCCAGUGAGAGUUGGAAUGGUAAUGCCAAUAUCCUUCCUGGGACCUGGUCUAUCACAGAGGCAUAGUCUUAUUUAAUAAGCAACGUAAACUUGGAGGAGAAUUAGAAUUGGAAGGUAGGAACCAGUUUCUUUUUAUAGACAAGAUUUUUUUCCUUUUUUUAUUGUUCAGUUACAGUCAUCCCCAUUCCCACCCAUUGUUCUAUCCUGCCCCAUCUAGCCCCUGUCACCCUGCCCUGCUCCCAAAGACAUUCCUUACCCCAUUGUCCUUGUCUAUGGGUCCUUACUACAUGUUCCUUGACUUGGCUCUUCCCCAUGUUUCCCCCAUUAUCCCUAUCCCUCCUCCACUCUGGUCCCUGUCAGUUUGUUCAUUAUUUCAAUGUCUGUGGCUCCUUUUUCCUUGUUUUGUUGACUAGGUUCCACUUGUAGGUGAGAUUAUAUGGUAUUUGUCUUUCACUACCUUGCUUAUUUCACUUAGCAUAAUACUCUUCAUUUCCAUCCAUGCUGUACUGAAGGGUAGGAGUUCUUUCUGCUGUGUAGUAUUCCAACAUGUACAAUACCACCGUUUUUUGAUCUGCUCAUUUGCUGAUGGGCACUUAGGCAGUUUCCAGCCCUUGGCUAUUGUAAAUAGCGCUGCUGUGAACAUAGGGGUGUGUAGGUUCUUUUGAAUUGUUGUUUCAGAAUUCUUAGGGUAUAAUCCCAGCAGUAGAAUUACUGGAUCAAAAGGGUGUUCCAUUUUCAGAUUUUUCAGGAAAUUCCAUACUGUUCUCCACGGUAGUUGCACCUGUCUGCAUUUCCACUAACAGUUUACUAGGGUUCCCUUUCUCCACAACCUCCCAGCCCUUGUUUAUUGAUGUGUUUAUGAUAGCCAUUCUGACUGGUGUGGUGCAUCAUUGUGGUUUUAAUUUGCAUCUCUCUGAUGGCUAGUGAUGUUGAGUAUCCUUUCAUAUGUCUAUGGACCCUCUUGUCCUCCUUGGAGAAGUGUCUCUUCAGAUCCUUUAAUUGGAUUGUCUUCCUGGUGUGGAGUCAUGUGAGUUCUUUAUAUAUUUUGGAGGUCAAACUCAUGUCUUACGUAUCAUUGGCAAAUAUGUUUUCCCAUACGGUUGCUUCCCUUUUUACUUUGCUGAUAUUUUCUUUAGCUGUGCAGAAGCUUUUUAAUUUAAUGUAGUCCCCUUUGUUUAUUAUUUCCUUCAAGUCCCUUGUUCUAGGGCACAUAUUGGUGAAAAUGUUGUUGCAUGGGAUAUCUGAAAUUUUCUGGCCUAUGUUCUCUAGGACUUAUAUGGUGUCAUUAUUUAUAUUUAAGCCUUUUAUCCAUAUUGACUUUUAUUUUUGUGCAUGGUGUAAGCUGGUCAAGUUUCAUUUAUUUUUGCGUGUACCUGUUCAGAUCUCCUAACACCAUGUAUUAUUAUUGAGGCUAUUUUUACUUCAUUUUAUGCUCCUGCCCCCUUUAUUAUUAAUUGAUCAUAGGGACAUGGGUUUCUUUCUGGGUUCUCUAUUCUGUUUCAUUGAUCUUUGUGUCUGUUCUUAUGCCAGUACCAGACUGUUUUGAUUACAGCAGCCUUGUAACAUAGUUUGAUAUCAGGUAUUGUGAUCCUGCCUACUUUGUUCUUCUUUUUCAAAGUUGCUGAGGCUAUUCAGGGUCGUUUAUUGUUCCAUAUACAUUUUUGAAAUAUUCUGUAUAUGUGAAAUAUGUCAUUGGUACUUUAAUAGGGAUUUCAUCGAAUCUAUAAAUUUCUUUGGGUAGUAUGGACAUUUUGAUGAUGUUAAUUCUUCCAAUCCAUGAACAUGGUAUAUGCUUCCAUUUAUUUGUGUCUUCCUUAAUUUCUUUUUUUAGUGUUCUGUAGUUUUGUAAGUACAGGUCUUCCACCUCCUUGGUUAAGUUUAUUCCUAGAUACUCUAUUUUUCUAGGAACUGCUUUUAAAUCAGACUUGGCAUUAUAUCUUGAUAACCAGAGACUGUAAUUUUUUAAUCCUCACUGAAGGGCACUUUUAUUGCUUUUUAUAGAGACAGAAAGGGAGAGAGGCAAGAAAACAUCGACUGGUUGCCUCUCAUGCACACCCCAACCAGGGAUCAAACCUGUAACCUUUUGGUCUAUGGGAUGACAGCUCCAACCAACUGAGCCACACUGGUCAGGACCAGAGAUUGAUUUUUAAAGUUUACAAUCUGUAGCUAAAACAUAAAAAUAUCCAUCCCUUGCCUCACUAGAAAAUAAGAGUCUCUGUAGACAUUUUUCUCAUAGCCUGUUUUAUUUUUUAGAGAUUUAUUUUUUAUUGUUUAUUCUAAUCAUCACACAUUUUAAAUUCUGAAUUUAACUGAAGGAGAAAAGAGGUCAUUUUAAAAUACAGCACUUCUGAUAAUAGUUAAGUGCAUAUUACAUACAGGAGUAAUCUUUGACCAAAACAGUGAGGCUCUAGACUCAUGACAAUACCAAAAAAAACCCAAAACACCAAAUUGUGAGGUCCUAAUCCUUACAGUUAAUUUUCAUUUAGUAUAAGGUGUUUUGCUCACCUGAGAAUAGAUAUUCCCUGGAGUCUAUCAAGGCCUUGCCACAGUUAAUAGUAAUCCAUGAUUACAGUCAAAGAGAAUCAUGAAAAUCUAUGAUUUGAUGGCUUAAAUGAAUAGUUUAUGUGGGAUUCUUCCAUGAAACUAUUCUGAUCUUAGUUUGGUGCUGAGUAAAUUUUGUAGAACCAAGAGUUUUAUAGUGAUCAACUAAGCAAACUAGUCAAAUAGAAGUAAUUUCAAGUUGAGUCACUUAUUAUUGAUGGUGAGAGGAAUACAAAAUACAUGCCUUAAAUUCCAGUGCUGUCCAAUAGAACUUUCUACAGCAGUGAUUUUCAACCUAUUUUAUUUCAUGGUACCCAUAAACUAUAUUAAAAUUCUGUGGCACACCAAAAAUAUUUUUUUGCCAAUAUAACAGAGAAAAGUAUAACUUUGAUUCAUUCACACUGGAUGCCUGUUGUUUUUGGCCGUUGUCAUUUUUUAAAUUUGACAAUCUAAAGCAUAGGUGGCAAACACAAGGUCUGCAGGCAGAAUCCAGCCCUCCACCUUGUUUUAUCUGGCUUGGCCCCUUGUUUCUACCCAGCGGCAGUGCUGAGCUCUCAUUUAACUGUUAGGGAGUAGUAACAUUUAUAGAGUCCUAAAAUUACAUUCGGCCCUUUGAAGGCAAUCCCAAGGUUGAUGUGGCCUCCACUGAAAAUGAGUUUCACACCCCUGAUCUAAAGGGAAAGCAGUCUGUUCCCCUGACUAAACAGUCAGGUAUUGCAUGUUUUAUUGCUGUUGUUGAUUUUUAAUUUUUUGUUGAUUUUAGAGAGGGAGACUGAGGAAUGGAGAUAGAGAAACAUCUAUUUGUUAUUCCACUUAUCCAUGCAUCCAUUGGUUGUUUCUUGCCUGUGCUGCCCCUACUGGGCAUUAAACAUAGUCUUGGCAUUUCUUGUUUUUCAGUUUUUA